CCCAUCUCCAUCCUUGUGAGCCCAAGGGUGGUGGGGUGGUGGUGCUCUUGUGGUGGCUGCCUGUACACACACUCUCUCUCUCUCCCACACCAUUAGUGCACUGCAGGAGAGGGGAGUGAAGUGGAGUAACUCCACUGCUCUGCUCUGUGCCUCUGACACUGCACGCUUCUUGCUCGUGCUUGCAUUGCAUUGUGUUUUGCCUCAAGAAAUGGCCAUGGGGAUGGGGUUGCCGAGAUCUGUGGCGGCUCUUGUGCUCUUCUUGAUCUUAUGGCGAGAGGGGGAGGCGGCGACGUUCACGUUCGUGAACAGGUGCACCGACACGGUGUGGCCGGGGGUGCUGUCCAACGCCGGCAGCGCGCGGCUGGUCACCACCGGGUUCGAGCUCCCGCCGGGCGGGGCGCGCGCGGUGCCGGCGCCGGCGGGGUGGUCCGGCCGCCUCUGGGCGCGCACGGGCUGCGUCGAGGACGGCUCCACGGGGAGGCUGGCGUGCGCCACCGGGGACUGCGGCUCCGGCGGCGCCGAGUGCAACGGCGCCGGCGCGGCACCGCCGGCGACGCUGGCCGAGUUCACGCUCGACGGCAGCGGCGGCCUCGACUUCUACGACGUCAGCCUCGUCGACGGCUACAACCUGCCGGUGCUCGUGGAGCCAUCCUCCUCCAGCGGCGGCGGCGGGUCGCUCACGUCGACGGCGACGUGCGCGCCGGCCGGGUGCGCGGCGGACCUGAACGCCAUGUGCCCCGCGGAGCUCCGGGCGGGCGGAGGCGCGGCGUGCCGGAGCGCGUGCGACGCGUUCGGGCGGCCGGAGUUCUGCUGCAGCGGCGCGUACGCGAACCCGACGACGUGCCGGCCGACGGCCUACUCGCAGGUGUUCAAGUCGGCGUGCCCGCGCUCCUACAGCUACGCCUUCGACGACCCCACCUCCACCUUCACCUGCUCCGGUGGCCCCGACUACACCGUCACCUUCUGCCCCGGCGCCACCCCAAGCGGCAGCCAGAAGUCGACGACGACCACGCCAGCGACGGCGACGCCGACGACGACGACGACGACGAUACCGGGCACCACGAUGCCUGGCGCUGGCGCGAUGCCGGGGGCGACGAUACCCGGAACCGCGACGGCGACGCCGACGACGACGAUGCCUGGCACGACGUUCACGGACGCCACGCCGGACAACGGCAUGCCGAUGCCGAUGAUGGGCGGCGGCGAGCAGGGCGACGGCGAUGGCGGGGUGGUCCUCAGCGGCAGCGAGACGUGGAUGGCCAACAUGGCCACCGGCGACCUGACGGCGGCCGCGGCGCCACCGGCCUCCCUGUCCCGGCUGCCGUCUGCCGCGGCGGCGCUGGCGGUCUUGUUGCUCCACAGCGCCCUGCAUCUCCUGGUGCGGUGAUGGCCCGCCGUCGCCGGGCGCCGGCGAGUGUAACGUCGUCGACGUCAUCCGGUCCGACGAGUUGAGUUGUAGUAGUAGUGUAGGGGUAGGAGGAAAGGAGGUGUGGUUGUACGUGUACGUGUAGAUUGUUGAUUAAUUACUUGAUUAAUUAGCUUGUUAAUUGCAGGGUUUAGAGACUUUUUAGGAUGAGAUUUACUACCCUACUCGUUGAUUAAGUACGUUUGAUUCGUAGCUCGAGGCCGGCGGCCGGGCACGGCACGCACUAUUGUUGCACGACUACGCUAAUAUAAUGUACUUCAUUUUUUUUUGAGUCUUAAGCACUAC